AUGGAAUUAGAAGAAGAAACUAUCUUUACUGUUAUGGAUCUUUGUAAAUUUGGAGUUAAACAAGAAAUACAAGCACAGUAUGGAUAUGGUGAACGUGUCAGGAAAGAAAGAUCUCAGAUUUCAUUCCACUGCAAAUAUCCAAAAUGUCCUGCACAUUUUAAUGUUGCAAUCUUGGAUCAAAAUAAAUACAAACUAAUCAAAAUAGUUGAAGAACAUGAUCAUUCCGCCCCAAAUGACAAAAGUCAAUAUUCGUCUGUCUUUUAUCGCAAAUAUUUAGAACAUUACUUCCAAACAGAUGACAAUCAAAGAGCGAUAGCACAGCUAAAUGCAUUCAAAGAUCUUGAAAUUCCUCUUACGGGUCCGUCCAUUCCAGAGAUGUACGCUCAAAAACCACGUGCAAUCAAAUGA